GUGAAGGGGGAGGCAGUGGGGGGCAGAGCCUUUAAUAAAGGGCUGAAAAUGAAUUGUGAAAGAUGAGUUAGAGUCUCAGCAGCUUAAACUGGAGAUACAGACGGAGAGAGAAACAUUCAGAGCUUCAGGCGCCUGCAGAGAAGAUGGAGAUGAAGAUGAGCUGUGUGUGUUUGGUGCUGGGGCUGGUCCUGCUGAUGACCGUCUCCUCAGACGCUACCGAUGGUUCCAAUGCCCAUCCUGAUCCGUGCUGUUUCAGCUUCACCACUUCUAAAAUUUCAGUCGAAGAAAUACUAAAAUUUGAAAAAACACAUCCCGACUGCCCAAAGCAGGGCUAUGUUGUUACAACGCCGAGGGGCAGAUUCUGCAAAAAGGACCUGCAGGAAAUCUAGAUUUCAGGGCUGCAGCUUCAACACAGCCCAGACGCAGACGCAGCACACAGAGCAGCUAAAAGCUUUACACGCCCCUUUAAUCAUCACAUGAUUUAUCAAUCAGCGCUUUGCUUUUUCAAUAUCAUCAGUGCUUGUUUAACUCUGUGGAAAUAAAACAAUGUAUGACAAAAAUCUCUGCAGAGAAAAACAACAUCAUGAAGACAAAUUAGAUUUCAGAGCUCCAGCUU